UUUUUCUUUAUAAUUCUCCCAAGUGAAGCAGGCGCGGCUAAAAAGCCUGCCUAGCAACCAAGAGGCAGGAAAUCCGCCUCCCUCCAGAAGAGUCUGUUAGUCCUGCCUAGGAGGAGCCCCGGAAGCGGAGCCUCUCCCUCAGCUAGCUGCCCUUCGUCCCCUCGCAGACAGAGAGAAAGCCGGGCUCUUUCUCAUGUAAGCCACUUCAUGCUUGCCACGGGGGCCACGUGUCUGGACCACAUCCCACCUUCUCUUCUUAUCGCGGGUCCGAGAGCGUCGAGCUUUUUGCCUUCCUCGCCCCGCCCUCACCGCUUUAGUUACAGCGUUGUUACGUGAGGUGGCGGAAGCGGAAGUCGCGCUGAGUCCCCUUGAGAGAGUCGCUGAGGGCUGUGACGUUGCUAGAUCAGCUAUAUCAGUGCUAUCAUGCCCAGCCCUAGGAACAGCCCAAAGAGUAGCCGUGAGAGACGGGCACCUGGCAAUAGGCUGGAGUUCCUAUUGCUCACAAGUCAGAGGAACCCGGUACUCCCAGAAAGCCCUUCUCAUCGCAAGGACACUACAGCCAGCACUUGCUGUCCACAGGCUCUGCCUGAAGAGGACUGCAUGAAGCUAAAUCCAUCUUUCAUGGGUAUUGCUCUGCGCUCCUUGUUGGCUGUUGAUCUUUGGGCGUCUAAACAGCUGGGGGUAUGUGCUGAAGAGAAUUCCUCUUGGGGCAGUGCCCGUCCUCUCAUGAAGGCUGUAGAGAUCUCAGGACAUGGCAUUCCUUGGCUAGCUGGCACCCUGUAUGGCCUCUGUAGAAGUGGCAGCUCAGCAGGCCGUGAGGUGCUGCUCAACCUGCUCUUUGCUCUCAUACUUGAUCUAAUUUUGGUGGCAGCUGUAAAAGGACUGGUAAAACGAAGGCGGCCAACUCACAACAAGAUGGACAUGUUUGCCACUGUGUCUGUGGACAGGUAUUCCUUUCCAUCAGGCCAUGCUACCAGAGCCUCCAUGGUUUGCAGAUUUAUUCUACAUCAUCUUGUACUGGCUGUGCCUCUGCGGGUUCUGGUGGUACUUUGGACUUUCAUAGUGGGAAUCUCCCGAGUCAUGCUGGGCAGACACAAUGUGACAGAUGUGAUCUUUGGGCUAAUAAUGGGCUACAUGCAAUACAGCGUGGUGGAGUACUUCUGGUUGUCACCUGUCAGUGCUCCUGUUCUUUUUACAUUGUGGAGUUGAUGGUCUGUCUGUCCUAGCACAAACAAUAAAAAUUCAUGAAGCUUGA